UGAUACACUAUAUGGUUUAGUUUUCACAUUGAGACGUCAAAUCUGAAUGGCUGAUCAUCUCUGAAUUUUCACUGGCUAUAACAAAAAUUUACUGACCAACCAAUUUGAGAAGGUCGAUCAGCAAUUUUUUCAAGACAGUUCCAUACAAUGGAUGGUGGAGGUGAUGCCAUCGGGGAAAACAGUCUGUCUGAUUCGUUUUUUCCAUCUGGUGACAGAACAAUGGAUGGUGAUGUAGAUGAAGGAGAAGAAGGGGAACCAGAGGAGAUGCAGAAUAGCAACAGCCCACUGAGAGAACAGGACCGCUUUCUUCCAAUAGCAAAUGUUGCAAGAAUAAUGAAGAAUUCAGUGCCAAAAAGUGGAAAGAUUGCUAAAGAUGCAAAAGAGUGUGUACAAGAAUGUGUGUCAGAAUUCAUCAGUUUCAUCACCAGCGAGGCAAGUGACCGGUGUGCCCAGGAGAAGAGGAAGACAAUCAACGGAGAGGAUAUCCUGUAUGCCAUGUCCACUCUGGGUUUUGAUACCUAUGUGGAGCCUCUUAAACAAUAUCUUCAGAAGUACAGAGAGUCCAUGAAGGGAGACAAACCUAUGGGCGCAGCUGAGGGUGACAUGUCAGAGUUGGAUUAUGAAAUGCAGAACUCCCUGGGUGCUACUAUUAUUGACUCGAGUGGUCAGCAGAAUAAUCAUGUCAUCUAUGCAACCACAGCAUUUUCUGGAGCGCAAGGGAUAAAUUUCGGUUAAAAAGGCAUGUGAUUGGAUGGGUUAAACAGGCAUGUGAUUGGAUGGGCUCCCAUGGGACUGAGACCAACUCAAGUUUGGAAGGAACAUUCUGCAGAAGAGCAGUUAAUAAGUGUGACGGCACUAACAUAUUGUGAUUAUUGGAAACAUUGACAAACCCCUGUGUGGAUGACAAGCAAUGAACACUGGUUGAAAGAUUAAGUGAGAAUGUUUUCAUUUUGAGAGCUAUUGGCUGCUACAAUUUAUGGAUUGCUAUUUGAUUAAUAAUCACUUGUGAAUGCUGUUUUAACCCUUUCAGUGCGGGAACCGAAUUUUGAAGGCCUUUGCAAACAGUUUGGAUCCAGAUGAGACGCCACAGAACGUGGCGUCUCAUCAGGAUCCAAACUGUUUGCUAUUCUGAUAUUAUUUGGAAAAAAAUCGAAGAAAAUGCUAAUUUUAGAAAUUCAGCAGACGACAUUUUAGCAGACGACAAAUUUCCCAGCAUGAAAAGGGUUAAGUAAACAAAUGAUAACAUGCUAACAAUGCUUACAUACCAUGCUUCAGAUUAUUUCCUUUACUCCAUACUUUCUGGAUUGGAAGAGGCAAUGUCAAUGAAAGCCUUUCAAACAUUCAGUUGUGUUAUGAAGUAGUGGGAAAAGUCCUAGAGAUAUUCAAUGAAUGUUACAUAAACAUGAACUAGUGCAUAGAACUUUGUUUGCUUAUUAUCUGAAAGUUUUUUAUUUUAAUUAAACAAAUUUCAUAGUCUUUGAUGUCUUAAAAGUGAAAAAAAUAUUUACAUGAUUUAUUUGAGCUUAAACAUGAGGAAUUCAUAGAAGUGAAGAAAGAAGAAUAUACUAAAAUUAUAUUUUGUUUACACUUGUUUGGUUAAAGGUUUAACAAUGAACGGUAAACACUGGUUAUAAAAAAUAAGAUGUGGUUGAAUUGUUGUCGAACUAUGCUAAAAUCAUUAGGCUUAUACUGAAGAAACUGGUUUUCUAUAAAGUCAGCAAUAUUACAUUAAUUUUGUUUAUUAUAAUUUGAUGUUUCGUUCUUAAAACUCAAGUUUUGGGGGGUCUGUACAUUUAUAAGUUGCACAUGCAAUUUGGUCCAAAUAACUUUAUACAUAACAAAGUUUAGUCAAUAUAUAAUAUUGCAUGUUUUCACCUUUUCUUUCUUUUAUUAUGUUAUAUAAACUAUAUUUGCUAAUUCUAUACACAAAUUGUGAAAAUGUGCAUUUGAAAUAAACCAAACAAAAUGGAAAAAUAAAUGAAAUGACUUGUUUUGGCAGCUAACCAUAGAUAUACACCAGUAACAUGCAUGCAGUCGUCGAGUUCAUCAGUGGAUAAUUUCAUGUAAUACCAGUAAUUACUUUGUUUCAGUACAAAUCGAUACAUUUAUGGUAUAGGUAUUUUAUCUAUUAUUAUGCUCCCCCAAUUUUUAUACGCCCGUAUAAAAUACGGGACGUAUUAUGUGAAACCCCUUGGCGGGCGGGCGGGCGGGCGGCGGGCGGAAGGCAUCACUUUGUCCGGACUCUAAUUCAAAUUGUAUUCAUCCGAUCUUCACCAAACUUGGUCAGCAGUUGCAUCUAGUUGAUAUCUAGGCCAAGUUCGAAUAUGGGUCAUGCCGGGUCAAAAACUAGGUCAUAGGGUCAAUAAGUGCAUUUUCAAAGGGGCCACUUUGUCCGGACUCUAUUUCAAAUUGUAUUCAUCCGAUCUUCACCAAACUUGGUCAGCAGUUGCAUCUAGUUGAUAUAUAGGCCAAGUUCGAAUAUGGGUCAUGCCGGGUCAAAAACUAGGUCAUAGGGUCAAUUAGUGCAUUUUCAACGGCGCCACUUUGUCCGGACUCUAAUUCAAAUUGUAUUCAUCCGAUCUUCACCAAACUUGGUCAGUAGUUGCAUCUAGUUGAUAUCUAGGUCAAGUUCGAAUAUGGGUCAUGUCGGGUCAAGAACUAGGUCAUAGGGUCAAUUAGUGCAUUUUCAACGGCGCCACUUUGUCCGGACUCUAAUUCAAAUUGUAUUCAUCCGAAACUUUUAAACAACUUUUUAUCCUGCGUCAAAGUGGUAUGGGGGUAUAAGUCACAUUCAGUGACAAAGCUCUAGUUCAAGUUGAAUUCACCAAUGGCACACGAAUCGGGCGUAUAUUGCUCCGUCAUGCGGCGCUCUUGUUUUUUUUUUGGGGGGGGGGAGCAUAUAGUCGCGGCUUCGUCUGUCCGUGCGUGUGUGUCCGUCCAUCCGUGCAUAAUUCUUGUCCUGGCUAUUUCUCAGCAAUUAAUGACCGGAAUUCAAUUAAACUUUAUGGGAAGUUCACUACCAAGAGGAGAUGUGCAUAUUAUCAGCCGGUUCUGGUCGGAUGAUUUUACACAGAGUUAUGGCCUUUUGAAAUUUUCCAUUAACUGUACAUAUAGUGCAAUUCUUGUCCCCCCAACUACUGACUGGAAUUCAAUGAAGCUUUAUGGGAAGCUUAACUACCUUGAGAUGCGCAGUUUAUUUGUGGGUUCUGGUAAGAUGAUUUGUUUAGAGAGUUAUGGCACUUUGAAAUUUUAAAUUGCUAAACCAUCCAUUGUAUUAUGUUGUCCAAAGUUAUGCCCCUCUAGACGUUUCCUUUUAUCUGAAUAUAUAGUGCAAUAUUGUGACAAAAACACUUUGGGGAGCAUCAACCGUCUCCGACGGUUUCUUGUUUAUAUCAUACGAGUAUUCAAUUGAGAGGUUUGACAGAAGUUACUGUGUUAAAUCAUUAUACCUCAAUGCAUAUGAUGACAGAUGUAUGAUUUGACCUAUGUUUUUGUUUUUCUAUUUGGUACUUUAUUGUAUGGUUUGGUAUGGCAAGAUUUGCAAAUAAAUUUCUCAUGAUA